AUAUGAACGGCCUCCAUAAUUUUUCUAAAAGAUUUUUCUCCAAAAGAAUAUAUCUCUGGGGAUCAGCUAGCAGAGCUAAUGUUAGGAAAGGAAAUCCAGCAAAAGUUGAUUUCUUUGAUGAUAAGAAUCCAAAGAAGAUAUUCACAGGACCUCGCCACUCGACUGUCAUAACUGAUGACGGUUCCCUCUACACUUUUGGGUCCGGAAACUGGGGAGUUUUGGGGCAUGGUGAUGAGACUUCAGUCAACCACAAAGAACCAAAGAAAGUUGAAUUCUUUGCUAACAGAGGAAUCAAGGUAAUCGAUAGCAAAGCUGGAAGAUACCAUACUCUUGUCCUCACUGAAGACAACGAAGUCUAUACCUGGGGUUACGGUGGCAAAGAGGGAUACUUCUCAUGGAUGGUAGCCCAAGAGGUCGGUGCUUUGGGUCAUGGUGACAAAAAGCCCUUCUUCAUCCCUAGAAAAGUCAAAUUCUUUGAUGAUAUUGAAUCAAAAGUUGUUCAAAUCGCUGCAGGAAUGUACCAUUGUGCUGCCCUGACUGAAGAUGGUCAGCUCUACACUUGGGGAAGAGGAAAUUUUGGCGUUCUAGGUAUCGGAGACAACUCAUACAGUCUUGAACCACUGCUUAAUGAAGAUGUUGAGUAUCUCAAGCAAGAAGGAAUGAGCCCUAUCAAAAUUGAUUCAGCAGACGAUUACACUUCAGUCCUAAUGGAUAAUGGAGAGGUCUACGGAUUUGGUAAAAAUGAUAGAGGGCAGAUAGGCUGUGGUGCAGGAAUUGGAAUCGACUUUCAGGAAUCAAUCCCAGUUCCAACUCACUUAGAAUGGGAUGGAGAAGAAUCAGUCCCAAUGGAGGAUGUCUACUGUGGACAAAACACUACCUUGUUCAAAGAUGAUGAAGGAAACAUGUGGAAGACUGGAUUAAGACUUGAUUAUACUCCAAAAAUGAUCAACUUAGAAAACGAAGAUGGUGUCAGCACCAACAUCACCACAUUCGGAUGUGGAACUAAACAUUACUGACUCGUGAAUGAUGACAAUCAGCUUUUAGUAUGGGGAAAUAUGAUCUCAGGAAAAUCUAGCAUCGAUAUUAGUGGUUUCAAACUUUAUGAUGGAGAUACUCUCUUCAACGGAGGCAAGGUAGCCAAUAUGUCAAUCAAGUACGGCCUAAUGGGUGUAGUCACAGACCAUGAUGAUUAG